CAUAACUACUAUAAUUACUUCUAUGCCCAAUUUAACUUUUCCUUGCCUCGGGCCGUUUUCUUCUUCUUAUGCUACCGGCUGCUCCCCAAAACCUCGCCGUCGAAUUAAGAUGAGGGUGAAAAAGCAGAAGCGCCAUCGCAGAGCUGUGAGGUUUUAUGCAGCUUGUUUUGGUUUUAGAGAGCCCUAUAAGAUUUUAUGUGAUGGUACUUUUGUGCACCAUUUGGUUGUCAAUCAAAUAACACCUGCUGAUAGUGCUCUUGUCAAUAUUCUUGGUGCUGCAGUGAAACUCUUCACUACUAGAUGUGCUGUUGAAGAGUUGAAGAGUGUCCUUGGAGCCUCAUAUUCUGAGUCACUCGAUGCAGCUCGGAGCCUUUUAACUGCGAGAUGUGGUCAUGAGAAACGUAGAAAUACUAUAGAUUGCAUAACUGAAGUUAUUGGGGAAAACAAUCCCGAGCACUUUUUUGUUGCUACACAGGAUGCUGAUCUACGGAAAAUGCUUCAGCAGAUACCUGGAGUUCCUGUUAUAUAUGCACUUAGGAAUGCUUUAUUUCUCGAACGACCCUCUACUUUACAGCAGCAGUUUGCCAAGGCAGCUGAAGAAGCACGUUCACAUAUGACCGACAAAGAGUAUAAAGAGCUGAGCAUUAUGAGAAAGAGGAAAUUGUCUGAUGAAGGAGCUGUUGAUACUUCUAAUGCAAGUGAAGAAGAUGAAGGUCAUGGCUUAGAGGUCCAGAAUAUGAAGACAUCUCUGAAAAGGAAAAGGAAUACAAGCGACUUUAAGGAUAAAGUUCAAUUUAAAAGAAAGAAAGCCAUGAACCCAAAUCCACUGUCUGUCAAGAAGAAGAAGAAAAAGCCUACGGCUGAAUCAGAAAAGGAAACCAAGAAAAGUGAUGAUGGAACUGCAAAACGCAAAAGAAGGAAGAGGAGUCGAAAGGGAAAGGGUAAAAGUAUUGGAGGGGAGGGGAGUGGAUAGAGAUUUUUGGCUCUCUAAUAGAGAGAGGGAAGUAUCUCAUUGUUGUGACCAUAGUUGGACUAUAGUAUACACCAUUCCUUUAAAAUUUUGGAUGACAAAUGCUCAAUUGAUUCUUUGAGAAGUGAAUUUUGUGGCACAUUAUCAACUACUAUUGUGAUUCUUACGGUCUUUUGAACCGAUUAAAUAUUAAGCGGUAUAGUUAUGACUUUUUAAAUGAGAGGUCUCAGGUUCGAACUCCGGUGUAAAGGUAGUGUUUCAGUAGGUUGAGAAAGUCCAUAGUUAUGACUUUUUAAAUGAGAGGUCUCAGGUUCGAACUCCGGUGUAAAGGUAGUGUUUCAGUAGGUUGAGAAAGUAUGUAUGAUAGAUACACUGUAACAAGAGUUAACAGUACUCAACAAAAAUUGUUACUCUCUUUGUUUUAUA